AUGAAUAAAAUAGAUAAUUAGAAUAUUGCAGAGAAAAUAUAGCUACUUGAGUAGCGCAUUUCGAAGAAUGGCUAGGCAACUAUUCAGAGUUCCUUCAAGUAAAAUAUUGAAAGCUUGUAAGAUUAGACUACUGAAAGUUUUAAGGGUUCAGCCAAUAAUGGUAUGACUUAGUAGAAUUCGGUUGAAAACUCACAACUAGAAAAAAAUAAUUAAGCAAGCUCAAAUAAGGAAAAUGUUAAGGAGGAAGAAGAAAUUCAAAGCGUUUUAAAUAAAAAAGGGGAUUAUUAUGAAAAAUAAUUCUACGAAUCAAGUAAUUUAUAAAUAGGGUAAGUUAUGCAUAAGAUGGAUGAAGUAGCUGAGCAAUUAGAAUAGUUAGAGUAAGACGAUGAAGAAAAUUAAGAAAACAAAUCUAAUAAGAAUAAUUAGCAUUAAUCUAACGGAUAAGGACUAUUAAACAGUGAUAACAUAUGGGAUAAGCAGAAUUCUAAUUAGGAAGGAAAUUAUCAGAAUGAUACAGAUGAAUUUUAUGCACCUUAAGAAAAGUUAAGUGAUUUUAGUUCAAUGAAUAUUUUGGAAGCAAAAGAUAUGUAGCAAUAAUAGCUUCUUAAAAUUCCUUAACCCUAGAUUUAGCAACAAAAUAUGCUGCAGGUACAAUAGCAAUUAGAAUAGAGUGAUAGACACUAGUAAUAAUAAAAUGCUAUAUUAUAGCAAGGAAUUACUACAAAUUAGUCAACUGGAGGAGCUAGCAGUUUAGGAUAAAAAGGUACACAAAAUACUAAUACUCCCGUCAUGUAAAACUCGCGGGAAAAAUAUUAGAAAAGUACCGGCAAAAAACGUAGAACAACACAAACUACUCUUGCUAUGAAUAAAUUAAAAAAAUACGACACAACUACACCUUGUCCUUCUAUUGUUCAAAUAUAAAAUACUAAUCAAGUUUCAAAUCGUCCACGCUUAAAUUCUGAAAGCAGUAAUUCUAACGAGGCUAUUUAAUUAAAUAAUGUUCCUCCUCCUGGAAAUUCUAAAAUAACCCAAUUCUUUAAAAUGAAAAAUACACCUACUUAAAAUACUACUGCUAUAAGUGGUCAACCAUUAAAUAAUUUAAACUCAUAGCCACAGCAGUAAAAUUAGAUAAAUAAUUAAGCUCCAUAAACACCAUCUUAGUAAAAUGGUUAGUAAGUAAGCUAAAAAGAGAACAUAAACAUCUAAGUAUUACCACCUUAAAAUCUCUCGAAUGGAUAAAGUUUAUAAACACCAUCAAUUUCAUAAUACAAUACACCUAUGGCUACUUAAAACAAUUCCAAUUAUCCUAAUACAAACAAAAAAUCAGUCUAAAACACUAGCAAUGGUAUGAUGAUAGAUGAAAAUAAAAUUCAAUAAAAUGGGGCUUUAGCUCAUUUACAGUCUCCAUCGUAAUCUGUAUCAUCAAUUGCAAAUGCUAACUCAACUAACUCAAAUGUUUAACAAAAUUCUACAUCUUCUCAUCAUUAGCAUUAUAACCAACUAAAAUUAUCAAGUUCUAACUAAAUGAAAAUUUAUGAUCCUAAACUUGAAAAUAGAUAUCAAGAUUUAUAGGAAGAAAUCAAACAAAAAGAACUAGAAUUAAAUGAAAAAAAUAAUAUUAUUAAAUACCUUGAGCAAGACAAAAAAGAAAUAGAUAAGUUGCUUCAAAUUUCUGAGAAGACUAGCCAAAAUUACAAAGCAAAAGCACAGAAAAUUAUUUAGCAGACCUUGUUAGAAGUAGAGAAAUUAAAAAGAGAGGAAAUGAGAUAAUAUAUAGCCAAAGAAAAACAAAGAUUAGGAGAAUAUGUACAAACUAGAGAUUGUACUAAAUUUGAUGAGACUUGGCAAGAGGGAACUGAAUUUAAAAAAAUAAAAGAGCGUCUUAGAGUCAUAGAAGCUGAAAAGGAGGAAUUAGAAAAGAAAAAAAAGAACGUUAAGGGUAGCAGAAAAUCAACAAAUGAAACUGAUAUUUCAUAAGAACUUGAUCUAGCUGAGUAAAAGCAAAGAAUUAAUCUAUAAAUAUAAUUUUUACAAAAGGAAGAAGCUGACUUAAUAGAAAUGUAUAAAAACCUUGAUCAUGAGAAAUUCUUAUUUGUAUAAAAGCUUAAGAGAUUUUAAGAUGAAUAAAACUCUAGAUAUGGAUAAGAAUGGCCAUGUUUGGGAGAAAGAUAUCAGCUAUUGUCUUUAUUAGGAAGAGGUGGUUUUUCAGAAGUAUAUAAGGCAUAUGAUCUCCAUGAAUUUAAAGAAGUUGCUUGCAAAAUUCAUCAAUUAAAUUUAAAUUGGUCUGAACCUUCAAAAGCAAAUUAUAUAAAGCAUGCAGUACGUGAAAGUAAAAUUCACUCAGAAUUAAAGCAUGCAAAUAUUGUUUAGCUUUACGAUACUGUUGAAAUAGAUAAUAACUCCUUUGCGACUAUAUUAGAAUACUGUGAAGGACCUGAUCUAUAUUUCUACUUAAAAAAACAUAAAGUUUUACCAGAAAAAGAAGCUAAAAUACUUAUUAGAUAAAUUUUAUGUGCUUUAAGAUACAUGAAUUCUUUAAAAACCCGUAUUAUUCAUUAUGAUCUCAAACCUUAGAAUAUUAUUUUCCAUAAAGGAGAACUAAAAAUAUCCGAUUUCGGAUUAAGUAAAAUUUUUGAUGAUGGGUAAACUCGUAUGGAAUUGACAAGUUAAGGUGUUGGAACCUAUUGGUAUUUACCACCUGAAACUUUUGAAUUUGAAAACAGUGCCCUUAUUUCUCCUAAAGUAGAUAUUUGGAGUGUUGGUGUUAUUUUCUUCGAAAUGGUAUUUGGUUAGAGACCUUUUGGAAAUAAUAAAAGUUAAGAUUAGAUACUUAAGGAAAAUAUAAUAUUAAAAUCAACAUCUGUAACAUUCCCUAGCAAGCCUAGUGUUAGCAACGAGUGUAAAGAUUUCAUUAGAAAUUGCUUGACUUAUGAUUAAAAUAGAAGAUGGGAUAUUUAAAAAGCAUGGGAUAGUCCUUACAUGAAUAGUAAGACUAGAUGA